AGUAUUUGAACUACAAAUACCGGGAGGGGGCGGUCGGACAACUCCCGCUGUGGUGUCCCUUAAUGACUACUACAAUAACAUAUUUCUAGGCAAAAACGUCUGCAUCAAAAGAUAUUUGGCACAAGAGAUAUCAUACAACCUACAUAAUAAGUGACAACACUCCAGUUGGUGUAGUUAUCGUGAGGUAGAGAAACCUCUAAGUAAACUACACAUCCUCAAGAAGAAGAUAUAUUGCAAGUUACUGGUGUAGUCAUCGUGACAACCCUCUAAGUUAAUUACAGUCCCCUAGAAGAUAUUUUACGAGUUUCUAGUCAUUAUGGCUGAGACAAAACUCUGGUGUAAGGAUUCCAGGGCAAACAAGGAGAGGUUUAACGACGAGGGUUAUUCAACAUUAACCUCUGAUGAACAAAAAAGAGUGGAAAAAAGUGUAGGUGCUAUAUAUAACUACUUCUUGAACAGUGAGAGUGAUUCAAAGGAACCCAUAUUGCAUCGUGAAAGGCACAUUACAUAUCUUAAGAAAGGACUUAAAAAUCUUCCUGAAGGUUUUGUGAGUUUGGAUGCAAGUCGUCCGUGGUUAGUGUAUUGGGCUGUACAUGCUUUAGAACUUUUAGAUGUGAAGCUGACAAAUGAGGAAGCUGCUGGCAUUAUAGGUUUCUUGAAGCACUGUCAGAACCCAACUGGUGGCUUUGGAGGUGGUCCCGGCCAGUAUUCUCACCUAGCACCAACAUAUGCUGCAGUUAAUGCUCUUGCCAUUAUUGGCACUCAGGAAGCUUAUGAUGCCAUUAAUAGGGAAAAGCUGCAAGAAUUUUUGUGGGAAAUGCACAAUGAUGAAGGAGCAUUUCGUAUGCAUGAAGGUGGAGAAGUGGACAUUCGUGGAGCUUAUUGUGCUGUAUCUGUUGCACGACUCACCAAUGUGUAUACAGACCAACUCUUCUCUGGGACUGCCCAUUGGAUAAUGCGGUGCCAAUCAUAUGAGGGUGGAUUCAGUGGAACGCCUGGCAUGGAAGCUCAUGGCGGCUACACUUUUUGUGGCUUGGCAGCUCUCACCCUCCUGCAUGCACACCACCUCUGUCACACACCAGCUCUUCUGAGGUGGGCGGUAAACCGUCAGAUGCGUUUUGAGGGAGGCUUUCAAGGUCGCACAAAUAAACUAGUGGAUGGUUGCUACUCUUUUUGGCAAGGAGGGCUAUUCCCAAUACUGCAUACUCUUCUGACUCAGGAAGAUGCAGUAAAUAUCAGCGCUGAACAUUGGAUGUUCCAUCAAGAGGCACUUCAAGAAUAUUUACUAUUAUGUUGUCAGCAUCAACGAGGUGGACUCAUUGAUAAACCUGGAAAGGGACCUGACUUCUAUCAUACCUGUUACACAUUAAGUGGUAUGUCAGUAGCACAACAUUUUUCCACACCUGCAAUACACAAAAAAUGUAUAGUGGGACAUCCUUCCAAUGAAUUGGCAACUGUGCACCCUCUCUUCAACAUUGGCGUUGAGUCAGCCGUGUCAGCUACACAGUAUUUUAAUAAUUUACCUCGGCUUCAGUUGAGGCAACGCAGUAAAACUAAUGACAAUAUCAACAACGAAGAAUCCCAGGUUCAAACGUAGGGGUGAUUUUACUUGUAGGGGCAUAUUAUGAAAUACGUUUUCAAGUUUUCCUAUGAUUCAUCUAUGAAUGAAGUAGCAAGAAAUAUUGUAAAUAUUGUAUAAAAAAAAAAGAUACUGAAGUUCUGCGAUCACAUUUCCUGGAAAAUUGUAAAACAUGGAAUAAAUUAAAGCUCAUGAAUGAGUGCUUGUUACCAACAUAUUGCACAAGAUCUUUGUUUAAGAACUUUGUAGAACAGUUACCUAGGGAAACAACAGAAUUGCUUUAGUUGGAAUUGAACUGAAAAAUAUAUGUUUAAGCAAUUCUAAAACUAUUCUGGGAUUUUUAUGUAUAAUUUUUAUACAGUAAUGUAAACUUGUAUGUUUGUUAUGUGGAUAGGAGUAUUAUGUUAAGGAAGAUAUUAAGAAUUUGCCAAGGCAUAUUUGUAGACUAAGUGGUAUCUGUGAUUUAAUUGUGAUAUUCUUGUCAUGAUAUUGUAACAUCUGGAUUGAGUUCUCGACAUACUGAUAGUCAUGUAGUAAUGCUCUUCCACUAUAUUAUAUCUACAUCAAAUGCCUUAUCAUGUGUUCAAACUAUUGUGGCACUUCAGAGAAUCUUAAACUAUUGUGGCUGCUGACCAUCUUUGCAACUCUAAUGAUUUGACUCCAUUACCAUAUCAUGAAGAAUUUUGUGUAUUAAUUUGUUUGAAAUGUGUGUGAAACAGUUUUCACUUCUUUGCAACAAUACUUAAAAAUGUAUGAAGAAUGAUGGAUGUCUCAAGUAUACUAUACAUAUAUGAGACAGAUUUUUGUAUUGUAUUGUUUCAAAUUUCCUUAAAUAAAAUAAAGGUUUAAUUUUUUAAGAUUUUAAACUUAAAUGUUAAAUACUAACAGUACCAUAUUUCACUUGUAUCAAUAAACUUUGGGCAUGCUGACAGGCAUUAUUAAAAAGCAAAAUCUGUGCAGAUUUAUGUAAACAAAAUUAUUUUUUUAUAUAAGGAUAGCUUGGUAUCAGAUAGACAAGAUUUUCAAUUUUAAAUUUGAACUUCAGAUUUGACUGUAAAAAAAUACUAGUGUUGUGGCGACCCAGAUGUUUAUUACUUAACUGUGGCAUGAGUAUUAAUAUAUAGAAUAUAAGCUGACCAGGGCUAUGACAGCUUAACCUAGAACAUACAUCCUCUUACAUGUUCUUUGUGUAACUUUCAUGCUCCUUUAUGUGGGAAAACUCUUACAUUUUAUUACUUGAAGUUAAUUAUUAUAAAUAACAAUCAUUUUGUCAUGAACUUGUUAAUUAUGGAUUAUGUAAAUAGUGAGGUACUGCCUGCACACAUUUAUUUAUAAUUAGAAAAUUGACCUUGCAUCUCAGGGAUAUGCCAAUUUCAAUCUUAUACUUUCUUAAAUGUGAUUUUCAAAACUAAAGAACUUGAAAAUAUUGUGAAAAGUGAAUGUUUUUUUCCUCAUAUGAAGUAAGAUUUUGGGUUAUUUUUCCCUUUAGGGAUAUUAUUAUCUAAUACUGAAAUUUGUAUUUGCCUUGAUACAUACCAGCUACAAUGCAGACAAUAACUAGCUCAGGUUUGUUGUGUACAGUUACUUCCAAUCCAUAUGUAUUUGUUGAUGUAUACCAAAUCUUUAAGUGAAUUUCUACUCAGGUGGGUAUAUGGUGACCUAUGAUCUUAUUAAUUAAAAAAUAUACGGGUCUCCCUCACUUUGCGACAGAAGCAUUCCUGGCCCCCAUGGUGCAUAAAAUGAAUUUCCAUAAUAUAAACCUAUUAUAACAUAAAACAUAUGGAGUUGUUCUGAGGCUUUGUACAUUCCACAUUUCUUGGCUGGUGUUUGCCCUCCCCCCUCCCCUCAAAAAAAAAAAAAAAGUUUAUUCCACAUGCACCAAGUAAUCAUGAAAAGAAAUUGUGAUUGAAAUGUGACUGAGAAAAAAUAAAAUAAACUCAAUCACAGUCCUUGUGCAAUAUAAAAUUAAGAAAGAAUUCUACUUUUUUUAAUAGCACACCAGAUAGGCACCAAAUGGCCAUAUUUCAAAAUAAAUGAAAUUGUUCGAAAAUCAAGUGAGAAAAAAUUACAUAAAUUAAAAAUUCAAUCAUAA